UGUACUGUUGAUUAUUACAGCAGUAGUGAUGCAUUACUAUUUCUAACAUUCUCAUCAUAAUUUUUUUCCUUCAGACUCAUUUUUAAUUAUUAAUUGUCCUGUCUAUGAUAUUUAGAUUAAUCUUAUUUAUCUUUUUUAAUGAAAACAAGGAUCAUCUAAACCAAAUUAACAUCUCUUGAACCAAAUUAACACAGGAAUAAUUCACACAGUUACAGUAAAUAGCUUUCGAUUCACUGUAUAUGCUCACUACACAGGAUAUGUAAUACAAUGUGUUAUACACUAUAUGGCCAAAAGUUUGUGCACCCCUGAUCAUCACACUCGUAUGUGCUUGUUGAACAUCUCAUUCAGAUUUAUCCCCCUGUGUUUGCUGUUAUAAUAAGCUCCACUCUUCUGGGAAGCUUUCCACUAGAUUUUGGAGUGUGGCUGUGGGGAUUUGUGUUCAUUCAGCCACAAGAGCAUUAGUGAGAUCAGGCGCUGAUGUUGGGAUGUCGAGGAGGUCUGGGGUUCAGUCGGUGUUCCAGUUCAUCCCAAAGGUGUUCAGUGGGGUUGAGGUCAGGGCUCUGUGCAGGACACUCGAGUUCUUCCACUCCAACCUUCACACACCAUGAGUAUACUAUAGACGGCUGUGAUUUCACACUCUGAUCCAACGAAAUGUAUAUUUGCAACUUUCCCUGUUAUGAUAAAGAGAUUAUUGAGCCCAGUUGUUUACUUACUUUAACAUUGUAAUCCACACAUAACACAUUAAUAACACAUAUAAUCAUAUAAAUAAUCUCUAAUGGUUACACAGGUAGAGUUUAGUACAAUUUGAAGGAUUUCCACCCUGUACACAAAGCCUCAAAACUGAUGGCGAUUCAAGUAGAGUUAGUUUGCUAACUAGAGUUAGUGUUAGCAAGUGCACUCGGACAUUCGGCUGCUUGAAAGCCAAGUUACGACUAUAAACACGCAAUUUCUCCACAUUAACCAUUUAUGAUGAUGUGAAGGAGUGGUGGGAGGCGUGUCUACAAAAUGACUGACAAGAGGCCAAUUCAAAUACAAACAUACAUUAUGGGCCAGAAAGGCAGGUAUCCAAAAUGUUUUUAUUUGAGCUACAUAAUACACUUGUUCUGAGACAAUGCCUAAAACUAUUAUUUUUUUAGCAUUUCUACAUAAUUUUACACUUUAUUUGUACUAGGAAGAAAUGAAAACUAUUGCCUAUUGCACCUUUAAUUUAUAGUCCUACUGUUAGAUGCUGUAAGUUAUAACAGGUGCUUUAGUGUAGCAUGAUCAUCUGAGGCAUUAGAACAGUUACAGGCAGUAAAUAGGCUAUGUUUAAGGUUUUUAUUAAGGUUUAUUUUCUGUAGGAAUAAACAUUUUACACAGCCUUCUGUUAAAACAACAUUUCUGAACAGUUUUAUGUUAUUAAUUUAGCUGACAAUGUUUGCUAACAUUCUCUUCCAGUGAGGAGGAGGAGCUGUUCUGGAUUGGUGAUAAAAUGUAUUCGUUUAAUCAAUAAAUCUUUGCAAAGGCACUAAAAAAUUCAAAGACAUGUAUGUAGUUGAUUAUAUUUAAAAUAUAUUUCGCUACUGAUGAAUUGAGCGAUAUUUAAAUUAACUCGUUAGCCAGGUUCAUAAUGAGCGCUGUAAAGACUCUUGUGUUAUACACAGUGGUUGCUACGGUGAUCUGAAGGAAGGACUUGUGAUUCGGCCAAUCAGAGGGCUUCAUUUGCGAACUAUUAGCCAAUCCUAUUGCGUUCUGGGGUAGGAGGCGGGAUUUGCUGUGGUACUGAAGGGGAAUUGUGAAAGCUCGCACGCCACGCCCCUUUCAUGACGGACAAAAUGGACGCGCUGCGAGUUUGUUGGUGCGCGCGCGUGGAAGUUCGGCAGCGCCGUUUGCGUGAGUUUAAAACGUCGGUGUAAAUUUCCUAAUAAAAAGUCGUCGGUGUUUGUAAAUACGACGUUCUGAACGUCAAAAAAUAAAGCUGGGACGCCUGUAGAUGCCGUUUUCCUGCGGUUUGGACACCUGGCCGAGCAGCUUGCAAAUGUAGAGAUGGAGAAGCAGCACACGGAUGAUUCCUCCUCCAAAGAGGCCACUAAAACCUGGGGCUUCCGCAGGAGCACUAUAGCCCGACGGGAAUUCAUCGAAGAAAUCGGAAACCUGGACCUCAUUACGCUGAUGCCGCGUCGGAACACGCGCCAGCCGAGGGGCAGAGGGAGAGGACGAGGUCGGGGCAAGCAGCCUAGCGAAACUACAUCAGAUGCCCCAAAAAGAGCACGAGGAGGCAGGAGAGCUGUCCAGCCAAACCUAGAACCAGAUCCAGAACCACAGCCUGGUUCGGAUGAUCUAAUAACUGCGUCUCGUGAGCUGGACUUACCACAGAAGACCGCAUCGGACACAGAGGCGUCGGAUCAAGCCGAAGACAGCGACGAGCUCACGCUCCGAGAGCUUCAAGAGCGAGCCAGGAAGCGACAAAAAUCAGAGGAGAACACCAAAGGAGGUGCAGGGACUGCAGAUCCGAGCGCCGAGACUGUAAACGAAGAUGACGAAGCGUCACGUGAUCAUCUGCAAUCAGACGAAAAUGUCUCGUCACUCUCUGAUCGAAUGACCACCAGCUCAGAGGUGAUAACCGAAAGCCGUAAAUCAGCUCGAGGUGUUCAGCUGGAGGAAGAGGAGGAAGAGGAAGAGCAAAACGAGGCUGAUGAGUCUUCAGGUGGUGAUGAAGAAUACAGCGACCCCAACGCCAUCUACUGUAUUUGUCAACAGAAGCACAAUAAUAGGUUCAUGAUCUGUUGUGACCGAUGUCACGAAUGGUUCCACGGUGACUGUGUAGGCAUCAGCCAGGCCCGUGGUCGUCUCCUGGAGAAAAACGGAGAGGAUUACAUCUGUCCAUCUUGCUCUCCGUGCCAAAGUCCCAUCGACGUCCUGAAGCAGCAGCCUGCGCUCUCUAAAGCGGCUCUGAGCUCCUCGUCCGAGAGCCUGUUCACCUCCUCGGCCGGAGAAGAAAGACCCAGUGAGGACGAGGGCAUUAAAGGGAAGAUCAGGAAGUCGAGCACUCGCAGCACAAAGAGGAGAAUCAAGAUCUUCCAACCGGUGGAGGUCGUCGAAGCCACGUCGGAGCCCAAAGAGCAAGCCGUGGUGAGGGAGCAGGCUUUGGCUGAGGAGAUGGUGAAAGAUCAGGAGGACGUGGUGGAGAAGGUGAAGGAGAAGGCUGCUGUUCCUAAGUGUAUCGGUCCAGGCUGUAGUAACGAUGCUUUGCCUGAAUCGGUAUACUGCGGCCAUCAGUGCAUCAUCCGCCAUGCAGCCGUGGCCAUGCACGGUCUCUCAGAGCCCAAAGCGCAGCCUGAGAUAAAAAACAAACCUGCACCUAAACCCACGCUUAAGAUCCACAAUCUCGGAAAACUCUUUAAGAAGAAAUCGGCGGAGAAGCCAGCCGAGGAUGAGGACGGCCGAAGUAAGGAGACGGGAUCUACCCCCGCUGCUUCUCUCACCCCUGACCCUGUUCACAAAGCAAUGGGGGAGCAGCAACCUGCAGCAAUCGCUUCAUCACAGUUUUACAAAGCCAUGUCAACAAAAUCAGAAAAGGAGGCUGCAGAAAGCAAACCAGAUAAAACACCAGUCACUACACAGACCGAGACUCAGAAUCCGUCAGCUCCAUCAGAGGCCCCUGCUGCUGAAAAAGCCACUGAGAAACCAGCUCCAUCGGCUCCACCGCUCAAAAAACCUGGCUCUAAUCCUCUUCCAAGCCGAGCCAAGAAAACCAUGCCGGGUUCUCCGCGUCUAUCUGCAUCCCGGCAGCUCCUGAACGAGGCUUCACAAGCCAACAAGUGUAUCUUUACUGUCCCAAAGAAGCCAAGCCAGUCUCAAGAGGAUUCUAACGUACCCCAGGCCUCAAACUCAGCCCCAGAGGUUCGAGUCCUGCCCGUCACUCCUGCUCCUGUCCCUCCGUCCAGACCUCUCCAAACUCAUCCUAACAUGCAGAUGAGACAGAACAUCAGGCGCUCUCUCACCGACACCUUGCUGAAAAGGCUGAGCGACAGCGAUGAUUUGGAUAUCCCUGAGAGCGAAGUUGAAAAGCUGGCUGUAAACAUUGAGAGAGAGAUGUUCAACAUGUACUAUACUACUGACAACAAGUACAAGAUUAAAUACAGAUCUCUCCUCUUGAGCUUGAAAGACCCCAAGAACAAGGGUCUUUUCUACCAGGUUGUAAAGGGACACAUCACACCAUUCAAACUAACCCGACUGAGUGAUCAGGAGCUUCUGUCUGUUCAGGAAAGUACAGCUAAUUUUGUGCCUCUGAAGGAACAACCGUCUCCUGAUUGUGUAGACAUGGAGCAACCUCUAUCUGUGUCUGAGAGCAAAGUGGUCAAAACAGAUAGUGUGCCCACGUCAUCAUCGGAGGGGAUGUCACUUGCUCAAGUCAGACAGGCCCAAAUUAAGAAACCUAGUACUGCUGUCUCAGAAAUCAUCAGCAGCAUGCUGAAGGACACAACAGCAGAACACAAAGCUCACCUCUUUGACCUCAAAUGCAGGAUAUGUACUGGUCAGAUUUCUGCUGACGAGGAUCCUGACGCUAAGACACUGAAAAAGGAUGAGCCAAAGAAUGAACAGGAGGACAAACCUCCAUGUACCGUCCCUUUAUCUGAUAAAAAGCCUCCAUCUGCUGCACUUGGAGAUGAUUCUGCUGCUGUUAUGGAGUCCCCUGCUUCUCCAACUGCAGAAGACUGUAGUGCCGAGACAGCUCAGACGGACUUUUCUCCGCCUGUAAUCCCUGCGGUUUCCAUAGUGACCAUAACAAGAAGGGAUCCACGGACAGCAGGAUACCGAGCUGCACCUUCUCCUUUUGUCAUUCCUGCUCCUGCUUCUGUUCCUGCUCCUGUUCCUGCUCCAGCUCCUCUUCCUGUUUCUGCUCUAGUUCCUGUUCCAGAUCCACCCAAAUCUCUAUCCACAAUUCCUAGUGACAAGGAGACUGUCGAGGAAACGAAGGCAGCUGAGCCUCCGCAGCCACCAGCGCCUCCACCACCGAUGCCCAAAUCCAUUCUGAUGAAGCCCUCAGCCCCAUCAAUCCCAAGGUUUUACAGUUCACCAAGUCUAACCACAAGAUUGCCGAGCUCUCAUACCCCAGCAGACAGCGAGACAAGUCACUUCCUGUCCAGACAAGAUACGAUAUGGAAAGGGUUUCUCAAUAUGCAGUUGGUGGCCAAGUUUGUUACAAAGGGAUGCAUAAUCUCAGGAUCUGCAGAGGUUCUGAAAAAGGAUUUGCCAGAUACUGUUCACAUUGGUGGUCGGAUAUUGCCGCAAACAGUUUGGGAAUAUGUUGAGAGAGUAAAGACAUCUCUAACAAAGGAACUGUCUUUAAUUCGCUUUUAUCCAGCAUCUGAUGAAGAAGAGGUUGCAUAUGUCUCUCUGUUCUCAUAUUUCAACAGUCGCAGCCGAUUUGGAGUGGUUUCUAACAUUUGCAACAAUAUUAAAGAUCUUUAUCUUAUUCCUUUAUGUGCAAAUGAGUCCAUUCCUUCGGUACUGCUGCCAAUAGAAGGCCCAGGACUUGAACAGAAUCACCCCAAUCUUCUAAUUGGCCUGGCAGUUUGUCAGAAACUAAAGCGUCCCGGAGCACAGACACAAGACAUUGAUGAGAAAAGACCAAGAAUCCAGACACUACAGGAUCCUCAAGUGAUGAACCUUCCUACCAAAUCUGCAGUUCCUGAUGUUAAAAAUGAUGAACCUUAUGACCCAGAUAUCGCACUCAGCACGACUCCACCUGAAUCUCCACCAUCUUUGAGAUCACCUGAUUCAUCUUCGUCCUCCUUAAACCUUUCCUCUGGAACAUUAACGCUUUCUAAUAUUCAUGCUUUGGUAACUCCUCCAGCGUACACCAGCGCAGAUGUUGCAAAGAUCACGUCUUCCAGUGUCCCACCAGUUUGUGGCACCUCUUCCACCACCACUACACCGCUCCAAACCAUUCUUAAUACAAUAUUUGGUAAAAAGAAACAAGGCCCUGAUUCUGCAAUGAAUACCAGUGAGACAACUUCUACAGCAGUAAAAGAACCAGCAAUACCUUCUCCGACUGUAGACCCCAUCAUUCAACAGUAUCAGCAGACUCCUAAGACUACAGUGGAGUUUGAUGAUAAUGAUAGACCCUAUGACCCUGAGGAAGAGUAUGAUCCAGCUUUAGGAUAUCAAAAUCUCACUCCCUCUAAACCACUUGAACUGUCAAAACCUAAUACAUUACCUGCUGGUGCUAAUGACGAUGAUGGCGAUGAUGAUAGGCCCUAUGAUCCAGAAGAGGAAUAUAAUUUGGGAAAUAAAGUUGAUUCCGUUCACACAAGUAAUACUACAAAAUAUUCUGAUACUGAACCAUUAUUAGGAGCCUCUGCAAUAAAGGAUGAUGUAGCAUAUGAUCCAGAGGAUGACACAGUCUUUGAAGAGAUGCAGAAUUACCUUACAGAUAAUAAAUCUGCCACCUCUGAAUAUGGGACGUCAUCAACAAUGUCAUUAUCUGAACAGCAGAAAAUGUUAGAAGACUUGAACCGGCAGAUUGAGGAACAGAAACGCCAGCUUGAGGAACAGGAGGAGGCUUUGCGUCUUCAGAGAGCAGCCGUUGGGGUUUCCAUGGCCCAUUUUUCUGUCUCUGAUGCUCUCAUGUCACCACCACCACGUUUCGGCAGGGAACCAGAUGAGGAAAUGGAAAAAUCACUAACUGCUUCAGCAAUUAAUCUGAAUAGAGAUCCGAGGCAAUAUAGACACCUGAGGCAGAAUGCUGUAAAUCCAUCAGCGAUGGGUCAUACUGACAAAGAAAAUGUAAAUGAAAAAAGGGAAAGUUCUAAGACCAAGUGCCUGGCAAACAAUUCUCUAGAGAAAGAUUUGUCAAAAAAUGAUCAAGUUAUGUCAUUAGGUAAGUUAGAUGACAAAAGGUCCAUGAAUGCUGAUACAACAGUGUUGCGUUCUGUGAGGAAUUCAGAAAAAAGUACACAUCUCGGUGCAUCUGAACUGCAAGAAGGUACCUCAUCAUCUGGUAACGAGAACAUUCAACACUCUCAUUCACCAUCAAAAGAUUCAGGCAAAACAAGACAAAGUCGUACAUCCAGGAGACAACAUCACAGCCCUCCCCAAAGACGAUCGAGACAUGAGACACGUAGGUCAUACCAUGAGAAAAGAACCUCUGAUCAGUCAAAAGAUGAUGGAAACAGCAGAAGAGGUAGACGUUCUCCUGAACGGUCCUCCAGACGAAGCCGCAGUCGUAGUCGCAGGAAGGGAAGAGCAUCAUCGAGGGAGAGAGAGCGGCACCAUCACAAAAGUACAUCAUCAAGACAUAGUAGUAGGAGGGACAGGCAGUAUUCAUCAUCAAGAUCACGCUCAACUCGGAGUAGAACAUCUCCAAAACUGGAGAAUAAUCCGUCUAAUCAAAAAGAGAACUCAGCGUCGAAACAGAAGAAUGAGCCCAACACUGACUCCACAGACAGUGCAAACAAUGUAGCAUCUGAGCAAUCUCAGAUUCAGAGUGAUAAAUCUCAGAAUGAGGCUUCUGGGAGUGGAGAGUCAAAAAUAACCAAAAUACAGAAAGGUGAUAUUACAAAACCUGAAACUGAUCAGUCCUGUCAUAGAGAGCAACCAAAGAAGCAAGAGCAGUUAGAACCAAAUCAAAUCAAAGCAAAUCCAUUGCAAAGAGAAGAUUUUCAGAAAAACAAGCCACAAUCUGAGAAACUAUCAAUACAGCAAGGAAGGAACAGUGAGUCCCAUAACACCAGACAUCAGCAUGGUAGUCAGAGAGGAAAUGUACUUCAUAAUAAUGAGACUGAUUUUAGUCAUGGUACAGAUGAGCAGUCAUCAUGGCAGGAGUCUGAUCAUCUUCCUCAGAGGACACCUAAAAUAGAGAAAGAAGAUUUCCUAGAGCCUGACAAGGCUUACUCCAGAAAUUCUCGAAAGGUUUUGCCACAGAGGCCACCACAUUUACAAGGAAAUGAUCCCGAAAUGAUGCCACCACAAAAUCAGAAAAGUAGUUUCUCAAUGGAUGACACUUUACAUCCCAGAGACUGUACACCACAAGGGGCUCACUCCAUGGCAAGCGUUGAUUUGCCACAGUUGGAAGACGAUAUACACAGAAAUAUACACCAUCCUAGAGACCAGUUUAGACCAAGAGCACCUGAGGUUCAGUGGAGAGGCCCACAGCAUAGGAUGGGUGGUCCGAGAGGUCAUACACCAGUGCAGCCCAGGAUUCCCAGAGCUCCACACCCUGAGCGAUUUGAGAGCUGUAGACCUGCAGGUCCGAGAGGUCCAAGACCAAGGAUAUUGGAUGAUUGUGGGCCAUCUCAAGACUUUGGACCAAGGGGUCCAACCUCUGUACCUAGAAUGUUUCAGGGCUCUGGGCCUCGAAGCUUUAGACAAAGGGGCCCAAGCCCAGUUCCUAGGAUGUUUGAGGGAGCUUCACCUCAACCUUCUGGAUCGAAGGGACGAUUCCCAAGACCUGGAAUGUUUGAGGGUUCUGGACCACAAAAUUUUGGGCCCAGAGACGCAUUCUCAGGUCCUAACGUGUUUGAUGGUUCAGUUCACUUUGCAGGGUCAUCGCAAAGAGAGUUUGACACCAGAGACCCUCAUUUACAAGACUUUGAUGAUUCAUGGGGGUGUGAUGUACCUCACCAAGUUGAUAGAGAACCAUUUUCAGAAUUCAGACGCCCUAGAGGACGUGGUCCACCUCAGCAGUUUCAUGAAAAUAUGCCUGACAGUAGAGCUUCAGAGCAAGCAAAUUUUAAUGACUCAAGACACUGUGAUCCUCCAUUUGAUGAGGCAGAAAUAGGGCACCUACCACUUCAGUAUUCAGACGAUUCAAGGGAUUAUGAUCAGAAUUUUGCUAAUGAAAGUUUUCUAAAUCCACAAGAACCAAGAGGUCAAAGGAAUCCGACUCCUCAUCCCAAGCGAACCCGGAGUCCAGUACAUGCUAGGAACCCUCCACACAACCAACCUGAAGGAUCUCAAUUUCCAGGAAUGGAAUUAAAUGUGAAAAAAUCUCACCAGUUUGAUGAUUUUAGAGUUCAAGCAAUAGAAAGGGAAACAGUCAACCCACAUUUUUCAAAGCCUGAUAUUUUUGAAGGUGGCAGAGGUUGUGAAAGAGCUGCUCAAAUGAAAGGUCCACGCUUUAACCCACCUCAAAAUUUCAGGGGUCCAAGAGCCCCAUCGCCACAUUUUCGUGACCAGAGGAUGCCUCCACCCCGGAACACAGAGUUGCCUGAGGACAAACCACGUUCUCCCCAUUUUUCAUUGCCAUCCACCUCCAAACCUCCAAGGCCACAGGUGCCUAAUGCAAGCGAGUUUCAAAACCCGAUACAGUCACGGAUCCUUUUGGAUGGCCCAACUAAGGAGCCAGACAUUCGCCCUCUGCGGCUGUCUGGCCCUUUGCUCCCAACACCGCCUGGUGGCCCAAUAAGAUUUCAUAACCCUAGAAUGCAGAGGCCUUAUCUUUACAACGAGUGUAACUUGCCCCAGCGUCCUCCCACUAGAGGACACAUGGGUGACCUUGGUAAAGCAGGUUUGAAAUCAGGAAGCUUUGAUGAUUCAAACAGUCAAGAAGGAGAAACCUGUCAGGGUUUCAUUCAGGAAGGAGAAAUGGAAGAGUUUGUAGACAGGGAGGAAGAAUACAGUAGUCAGGAUAAUGGUCCUGGAAAACCAUGGUGUCGAGAGGCAAGAAGAAGGAAUAGCACUGCAAGAAGAGGUCACAGUAGUGAAUGAAAUACCAGAGAGAAUACUGGGGAAAGAGGGAUCGGCAGAGACAGGCAAAUGAGCAGAGAUACAUAUCAAAAACAGGCAUUGAUAGAGGAAGUGUUAGAAUAUGGUCCUAGUCCAGAGGUAAUACAAGUAGAUCACACACUGGUUGGUCAAGGAGUUGCUUCUCAGAUAGCCAAAGAAUGAAAAAAAAAAAAAACCAGAACGGCUGAUUUAGAGCAUAAAUGCCAAAGAACGUAAACUGACUGAAAGUUCAUAUGAAAAUGGUGAAUAUGCUCAAAUUCUUUGUCAGCAAAUACACAAAGUAUUUGUGGUAAAAAUCACAUUAAUAGUUUCUUUAAUUUACUUUUUAAGAGUUUGGUUUAAACAGUAAUGAGAGAUUUCUGUAUUCUGCAGGUGCUGUCAACUUUUUUCAUGUCAGACUAAAAAAAAAAGUAGUGUUCUAACGGUCUGCACGGUUAAGUAAUUAAUUAAAAGUUAUCAUUUUUGUUUGUAGCAACAUCACUGAAUCUUUUCUCUUGGAAAAAAACGAUUUUUUUUUUUUUUUUGUGAAAAAUUAUUUUAAUUAUAUUAAACACAGAGUUGCCAGUUUGUUGUUUAUUAUAUCUGUAUACCAAAUAAACUGAAAACGGUGUAUAUCUGUAAAUAUGUAUAGACUGAGUUGCCAGUUGUUGUUUUUUCAAGUAUACAGAUUUAGUAAGGAAUAAAUUGGGAACUCUGUGUACAUGGUGAAGUUGAAUGAUGUUCUCAACAGGUGUAAAUACUGGUGUACAUUUAGGUUCAUACAUGUUUUAUAAACUUUCCUACAGAAGCAGUGCAAGGCAUAGUGAUAGGCUGUUAAUAAUCUCACAUGAAGGAUCACAAGGCAUCAUGUCUACUAGUGAUUAUUUCAUUAAAGAAUGAAAAUAUAAAA